AUGCUGGACUUGAAUUCACGUAUCCUCAUCUUCGGAGGCGGUGGGACCAUUGGAUCUUCUACUGCUUUGCACCUGGCUCGGAAAGGAUAUAGAAAUAUACGUGUCCUCGAUGUUUACCCCAUUCCCAGUGCUCAAAGUGCCGGAAAUGAUUUGAACAAAAUAAUGGGAACCAGUUUGCGAAAUCCUGUGGACAAGCAACUUAGUCUUGAAGCGGAGGACGCAUGGCAUCAAAAAGGAUAUGAUAACAGUCUCUGCAGGUCCAAUGACCCGACUUUCACUGCAUAUUAUCAUCGGUCUGGACGGUUAGACUGCUGUGGCUCUCCUGAUGGUAUCGAAGACCUCGAAAACACGAUUGCAAAGCUGAAAGAUGCGGGACUUGGUCAUACUGUGGAAUGGCUAGACACGGAAGCCCAAAUAAUUCGCCGUGUGCCCCAGUUAGCAGGUUCAGACAUCCAAGGCUGGAAAGGUAUAUUUUUUGAGCAAGGAGGAUGGUUGGCCGCAGCAAAGGCCAUUGAUUCAGUCGGCAGGGAGCUCGUAAGACACGGUGUCCAAUUCUCUUUUGGAGACUCGGGAACAUUUCAAAGUCUUAUUCUGUCGAACGACGGGAAAACUUGCCUAGGUGCCACAACAAAGGAUGGAACCCAAUACAUAGCUGACAGAGUCGUUUUGGCUUCCGGCGCAUGGACUCCGUCUCUCGUCGACCUCGAAGAUCAAUGUUGUUCCAAGGCCUGGGUAUAUGCGCACAUGCAACUCACGUCCGAAGAAAUCAAAGAAUAUGCUGAUUGUCCGGUAGUAUACAAUGAAGAUCUUGGAUUCUUCUUCGAGCCUGACGAACACGGAAUCAUCAAGGUAUGCGACGAAUUUCCUGGCUUCACUCGAUACAAGAUGCACCAGCCGUUUGGUACCCCAGAGCCAAAAUCAGUAUCAGUCCCCAGGUCCCAUGCUCGUCAUCCGACAGAUACGUACCCCGAUGCGUCUGAAAUCACCAUAAACAAAGCCAUUGCUGCCUUGUUACCGAAAUUCAAGGAUAAAGAGCUUUUCAAUCGGGCGAUGUGCUGGUGUGCUGAUACGGCAGACGCGAAUCUGCUGAUAUGUGAGCAUCCGAGAUGGAAAAAUCUCUUCGUGGCUACUGGUGACAGCGGGCAUUCAUUCAAGCUUCUUCCAAUCAUCGGUAAACACGUUGUGGAAUUGUUGGAAGGAACUCUACAAGAGGACUUGCGCGAAUCGUGGCGAUGGCGUCCGGGUUCUGGGGAUGCACGAAAGUCCAGGCGAGCAGCACCCGCAGAGGAUUUGGCUGACCUUCCAGGAUGGAAGCAUGACCCGGCAACCGAUACGAAGACGCAGGCCAACUUGACUGUGCAGUAGAGCGCGGAGGGAAUGAGUGGCAAAGAGCGACAAAGUACCAGCUACAACUUAACACAUUGUUUAUGAUAUCACUUUUUCCCUUCUAGUCCGGGUAGACUGAACAUCUGAUAGAUGUGCUUAAGUAUCGGUUCCUCCAAUGAGCCCCAAAACUAACAUCGAGGAUGGUUCUCGAGGGAACUCCCCAACCCCUGUUACCGUCCACACGAGUAUCCAUUUCCGAUUCUAGUAUGACUGCAAUAACCGCCCCAGUCUCGCCGUCGAUGAUUAAGCCCGCUAGACCCUCUUUGUAGAUGAGAAAGGGUGUCGUCUGUCCCCGGCCAAUUCAUCACAGUUCGAGCGGAAUUUUCGAAGAGUAGACGA